AUGUCUAUCGAGAAGUUGGACGCUGAUAGUCAGGAGAAUCGGGGCCCCCAGCCUCAGGAAUUGCCUGCCACCGAACAACAGCCCGUCUCUCACAGUCAUGAUUCUGUCCCAAAGCUGUCUUUCAAGCCAGCAGAUAUCAAAGACAUCCCUACCUUUGCUCUUGGCGAUACCCUCGAUGUGACCCCAGUGUUCAAUUAUCUUAAACACUAUGGCCACAUCACCGCUGCGACCCCAGCCCCAAGCCCCGACAAGCCUGUCGAUGAGAACACCGUCUCGGGACUUCGCUCCUUCCAGGAGUUCCUGGGCCUUGAGGUUGAUGGCGUUUUCGGCCAGCAGACUCGCACCGCCAUGACGGCCUCCCGUUGCGGUCUCCCAGACCAUGACUCCGUCGCCGUUGAUGCCCCUUCUUUCUCAGCCGUCGGACCUUGGGGUGAUCGCAACAUCCGAUACACCUUCGGUCCCAUGUCCCGCCACGCCACUGCUGAUUCCUGCAAGGCUGCUAUCCGGCGUGCGCUUGCCACCUGGGCCAACGCAGGUGUCGGCCUCACCUUCACCGAGGUUGCUGCCAACCAGAAUCCGGAGGUCUAUGUUGACUUCCGCAACGCUAACGACCCAGACUAUAACAUGGUGGGAGGCGUCCUUGCCCACGCCGACUACCCACCCGGAUACUCUGUCGUGGUCAGGAACCUCCCUCUGCCUGUGCACUACGAUGACCAGGAGCACGUGUGGGUGAACGGCGCGGUUGCCAAUGGCUACGACAUCGAGACCGUCGCACUCCACGAGUUUGGCCACAUCCUCGGCCUCGCUCAUACCAACGUAGCGGGUGCGGUCAUGUUCCCCAGCGUCAGCUCCAACUUCACCCUCCGCAACCUCUCCCAGGAUGACCGUCUCGGCAUCCGGAACCUCUACCCCAACUGGCGCAGCAUCGGCGGUAUAUUCACCGGCUCCCCGGCCGUCGUCUCCUGGGCCCCAGGCCGAACAGACGUCUUCGUCCGCGGUACCGACAACGCCGUCUACCACAAAUGGCAGAACGGGGGCGGUACAGACUUCCUCCCGGCCGGCAACUUCGAGAACCUCGGCGGCACCAUCUUCAGCAACAUCUCCGCCGUCUCCUGGGGCCCGAACCGCAUCGACCUCUUCGCCCUCGGCACCAACAACGCCUGCUGGCACCGCUGGUGGGACGGCGCCGCCUGGAGGGGGUGGGAGAGCCUGGGCGGGCUCUUCGUCGGCGACAUCUCCGCGGUGUCCUGGGGCCCCAACCGCAUCGACCUCUUCGGCCGCGGGAUGGACAACGCCGUCUACCACAAGGCGUGGGACGGCUCCGCCUGGAGGGGGUGGACCUUCCUCGGCGGCAAGGUCGUCGGCUCGCCCGCGGCCGUUUGCUGGGGCCCCAACCGCAUCGACUGCUUCGUCCGCGGGCUGGGCAACGGCGUGCACCAGAAGACGUGGAACGGCAGCGCGUGGCUGCCCUCUGUGACGGGCUGG